AUGUCCGAGAAAAACCUGGACAACUUAAAUACAUAUACACAACAGACGGUGCCUGGUGCAUUGGCAGAGUUGGCGGACAAUCAUGCCAAGUUGCAACAGAUAUCAUCGUAUUGUAAACAGGCCUACAGUGGGCCUGAAGCCUCGCAGGUCUACGAUCAGACGCAGACCUACGCAAAGAACGCGCUGCUAAACGUCGCCUAUCACAUCCAGACUAUUGGCACUCACCUCACCACACUGCUUCAGCUGCAGGCCACCGAGAUUGACAAGCUGGACAUCCAGAUCAAGAGUCUGAACCAGCGCGUCGAAAUGAUCCACGAGUCGACGGGCAUCAAUGUGUUUAGGGGCGAAGCCGCCAUCAAACAUUACAAGAGCACCCUGAAGGACAGACAGGUCGAGGGCGACGACUCGCGACUCCCGCCAAAGUUUGUGCGCAAGCAGGUCAGCUACUCGCUGGGCAGUCCCGGCCAGGACUCGCCGUCGAUGGCCAUGGCCGACAGCUCCAACAACACACCCAGCUACCACUCGCCCGUCUAUAGCCACUCACCGGCACCCAGCCACAGUCCCAGCCCUUCGUACUCGCCACUCUCUCAGUCCACACCUCCACUUCCACCUGCGAUGAACUCUUCAUAUCACACACCUCCUCCACCCGCUUACCAUUCGCCAGCAGGCUACAACUCUGCUCCUUCCACACCACCUCAGUUGAGUCAACCUCCACCCCCACCUCCAUCAAACAUACCACCUCUACAGCAGCCUCAACCACAGCAGCAGCCACUCAAGUCGACGCCACCACCUCCAGUUCCCAUAAACAAACGAGUGUCAGUUGGACCACCAUCUGGCGCUCCGGCAGCAGUUGGAACAGGAGCUGCACCAGCUGGAGUACCAUCAAUUCCAAUGCGUCCACCAAGUGUGAGUGGCGGUAUGGGUACAAUGUCCAAGCCACCAGCAGCUCCACCAAUGGGUGCCAAACCCGCGCCCCCAAUGAUGGGAGGACCAAGUGGCGGAAGUUCUGGCAUCAUGGGUGCCAAGCCCGCACCACCUCCAAUGGGUGCCAAACCACCAAUGAUGGGACCUGGCUCACUUAAGCCACCAUCAUCAUCAAUGUCACAAUCACAACCAUCAACACCAGCACCCGCACCAAUGAUGGGUCAAGGAGCAGGUGCUGCCAAGCCAUCAGCACCACAAUCUGCGGUUAACAGUAGGGUCGCACCCAUGCCAAAUGCUUCUGGUGCGGGUCCAGCCAAGCCACCACCUAUGGCCAUGGGAGGCCCAGGCGGAAAAGUACCGCCUCGUCCACUGAGUCAGUCCCUUGGCAAGCCAGCUCCACCACCCAUCGGCGGCUCAAACUCAUCGUUCCCGCCUCCACCGCCCCCAUCCGUCUACGAUCUUCCACCUCCACCACCUCCAUCCGUCUACGACCUUCCGCCUCCACCUCCACCUGGUGCCUUUGAUCUGCCGCCUCCACCACCCUUCUAA